GUGUCACUUCCGCUUUCUUGCUUGCAGGGCGGGCAAUUUGAACGUUUGAAGCAACAAACUUCCCAGUUGGCGCGAGCCUCAGUAGGCGACCACUGCGGAGAUUGAACCCGAUCAUAGACAUGUCGGAGCGGCGAACACGAUCCGGAGGGGCCGCCCAGCGGUCUGGGCCCAGGACUCCACUUACCAAGCCUUCGAGGUCGUCCAAGCGGAAAUCUGGCUCAGAUCUCCCGAACACGUUCCCUGAAAUCUGGCCGAAGACUACUCCAGCAGCUCCAGUUAGAAAGGCCAUCGUCUUGAAGAAGAUCGUAGCUCAUGCAGUAGAGGUCCCAGAUGUCCACACACUUAACAGGAGCCCUAGGAUCUCUUUUAUCUUGGAAAAAGAAAACAACCCUCCGCUCAAGGUACCCACUAAAGAGGACCUCUUCAAGACUUGCAGUGUGCCUGGUACUCCCUCCAGCACCCCUGUGCUGUACACUCAGAAUGUUGAGUCUAACUCUGGAGAAGCAGAGCUGGACACCAGAGACCUGGAAAUGUCGCAGAAAGUCCGGCGGUCAUAUGGUCGGCUUCAGGGCCUUGGCUGUGCCUCAACCUCCACCCCUGGCCGCCGGUCCUUUUUUGGCUUUGAGGGACCUGACGACUUGCCUGGAGUCUCACCUGUUGUGUGUUCAAAGUUAAUGGAGACCCCAAAGGUACCUGCGAAGCAGUUGGUUCCAGAUAGGACACUCCCUGGAAUCUCUCCCCCAGUUGUGAAAGAGAAACGAAAGAAGAGGAUUCCUGAGAUCCCGAAAUCAGAGCUGGAUAAGUGGGCUAUGGCCAUGAAUGCCGAAUUCGAAGCUGCUGAGCAGUUUGAUCUUCUGAUUGAAUGAGAUGAACUGGGAUGCCAGUCAUUGAGUGGGAGGCCUGGCUGGCCCCCCUCCCUGUACAUGCUGCCCUUUGAGUGGAGCAGGAUGUAUGGGGUCCUCUUCACUAGCCCUGUUACCCAGAAAGGUCUUGCUGGCCCCUUGUUAUAUUGCGUCUUUUACCCUGGACUUUCUACCUCUACAGUGUUGGUGAUAAGAAGCCCCUUCUGCUCUGAGCCAGAAAUGUUGGAAACAGGUUUAGCAUGGGCUGUCUCUGCCGUUGUGUCCAUCCACCAGUAGAGGUUCUGUGUUCUGCUAUGGUUCUGUAGAGUUUCGAGAUCUCAAAGGCCUGGCAGACAGUUAAAUGCUUGAGGGAGGAUCUGGACAUUGAGUCUAUGGAGUCCGGGAUAUGAGAGGAGGAGGGAGGCCUAAUUGUUUUUUAGCACAGUGACUGUUGUGUAAGAACUGGUCGGUGUCUGCUCUGCUGUUGACUUGGCGAAUGGGGUAGUGCUGCAUACAGCACAGUGGGCACAUUGACAGCGUGGGCCUCAGACGCACCGGUGGGACAGGGGUUAUGCUCUCCGCUUUGACCUUUUUGCUCACAUCUGUCUCUAAAUAUAAGUUCGAGCUGCGUGGUCUCAGCUCUGGACAUCAUGUCACAUCUCUCACGUGUCAGACAGCCGGAGCUCUGAUGGCCGCUUUUGCUGUGUGCUUAAAACUAUUGAAUUGCUCUCAUGUGAGACCGUUCCUGGGGGUUGCUGGCAACAAAAGCAGAUGGAUAUAUCAUGGUUUCUGGGGUUCUUUCCUGCCUGUCACCUCCUCUCAAUUAUGGUAAAAGCCAUGGUUUAAAGGCCAUUCGACUUCCAACAUUUACAAGUUCAUGGGAAUAGAAGCUGUGAGGAAUGAGCUCCGUGAGCCCUGUUAUCCCGGGUGGUUUUAGUGGAACACUGCAGGAUUUGUCCUCACCUAGUCCCGUGGACCUCGAGCUGGAUCAUGCUGACUUGCUACCAUCACCUCUCUGCCUCUGAGAAACUAAUGUGCAGCCUAAGGGAAAGGUGGCUUAAUUUCAAAUAAACUUUUUAGAAGUUUC